UGGACAAGCCGGGAUGAAGCGUCUUUUCCGGGCUUCCAUUCGGGCUCCGGCCGGGCUUCUUUGUUUUGGAUGACGCACAGAGGGGUUCCUCGUUGUCUUUAUGUUGCACCCCAAUUUGGAAACCCCCCAUCCCAUCCGGAGAUCCAUGCUCCGGUUUGUGAACCAUAGUCAUCAUGUCCCCAGCAUCGGCUGCCACCGCCAGUGAAAGCAGCACCACCACCGUACCCGAGGAAGAGGAGCCGGACAGCCCCAGAGAGGAGCAGCGACCUCAGAAACAGUCCCUGACUAAAUCCCUGUGUCAGGAGACUCACUGGAAAUGCCUGCUGCUGUCCCUGCUGAUGUACGGCUGCGUUGGGGUAAUGGCCUGGUGCCAGGUGACCAAGGUCACUCGCCUCUCCUUCGACAGCGCCUACAAGGGAAAGUCUAUGAUGUACCAUGACAGCCCCUGCUCUAAUGGCUACAUCUACAUCCCUUUGGCCUUCCUGGUCAUGCUCUAUGUGGUCUACCUGGUGGAGUGCUGGCACUGUCACACCAGGAACGAGCUGCAGUACAAAGUAGAUGUGGAGAGUGUGGCAGAGCGUAUCCAAAGAAUGCAGCAGGCAACACCCUGCAUCUGGUGGAAGGCAAUCAGCUACCAUUAUGUCAGGAGGACACGGCAGGUGACACGCUACCGUAAUGGGGAUGCCUACACUACCACGCAGGUGUAUCAUGAGCGGGUUAACACCCACGUGGCUGAAGCAGAGUUUGAUUAUGGGAACUGUGGGGUAAAGGAUAUCUCAAAGAACCUGCAGGGCCUGGAGGGCUUCCCCAUCACCCGGCUGAGGUUCACUAAGUGCUUUAGCUUCGCUAAUGUGGAGUCAGAGAACUCCUACCUGACGCAGCGAGCCCGGUUCUUCACUGAGAAUGAGGGCUUGGAUGACUACAUGGAGGCCAGAGAAGGGAUGCACUUGAAGAAUGUAGACUUUAAAGAGUACAUGAUUGCCUUUUCUGACCCUGAUCACCUUCCCUGGUAUGCACUGAACUCCACUUUCUGGGCAGCAGCAGCUUUCACUCUUUCCUGGCCUCUACGGGUGCUGAUGGAGUACCGCACCGCCUGUGUUCACUAUCAUGUAGAGAAGUUGUUUGGCUUCGAUUACGUGCCAGCAACACCCUCUGAGGAGCGGCCAUAUUGCAGACACAUCCCUCGAGUCAACACAAUUGACAGCACAGAGCUAGAGUGGCACAUCCGCUCCAACCAGCAGCUGGUGCCUAGCUACUCUGAGGCGGUGCUCAUGGACCUCGCUCAGCUCUCCGGGAGCUGUAACAGCUACUCAGUAUGUGGAGGCUACGGGAGCUACAGGCAGAACUGUGAGCGCUGCCACCGAGCUAUCAGCAGCUCCUCCAUCUUCUCUCGUAGUGCCCUGAGCAUCUGCAACACGGGGAGCCCUCGCAUCCCCUUCAGCGCCAGCCGCUUCUCGCUGGGUCGGCUGUACGGCUCAAGGCGGAGCUGCCUGUGGAGGAGCAGUGGGAGUUUGAAUGAGCAAUCCUGCCCCACAGAGAGCACGCGCUGUCUGUCAGGAAAUCAGAAUAGUGAGGAGAACCCUCCAGCCUAUCAGGAUGCUCUGUACUUCCCUGUGCUUAUUGUGCAUCGCAAUGAAGGCUGCCUGAACCACGACCACCGCUCCCUGCACAGAAAUGGCUCCUGUGUGGAGACGUCUCUAUGACCCACAGCCAGACAUAACAGAAUGAGGAAUACAAAAGACUAACCAGGGCUGAGCUGACAAUUUCCAACAAAGAUAACUCGUUCAGCUACCACAAGUUCCUAAAAAAAAGUUAUAGCCUCAAACAACGCAAAUCUGGGAGAGUCCAAACAGCAAAGUCAAAUGGUCAAGGAGAAGAAAAUAUGAUGCACCUGAUGAGACUGUUAUUUAAAAUAUAAUGCGGCUUAAAAGGAAUAAAUUGCCAAAAACUCAUGCUCUGUCCUGCAGCAAUUGUAAGGAUAAGGGUCAAAAGGCCAGAGGAGUCACAUCCUACAGUAAAUGCCAUGUUUGUAGAUCUUAGUCACAGACCAUUUAUACGGAUAUGAGUAACAUUUCAACAUGUUUGAAGCCUGGUAGGGAUUUUGACUCAGCUUUAGCCUGAACAGAGAAUGAGUCACGUAGUUUAUGAGGGACAGCAGCCUUUUGAAAGCAUCAUUUACAAGACUUAAUGGUUUUAUCCAGCUCUCAUUAAGUGAAGAUUUCCCAAACUAAAGCAUCUGCAUGAGAAACUUUUCAGUUCUGGCUAAUUACACUGUUCUUUCAAAGUCAAAGCUCCUGGAAAUCCCUGUAAAAAAAGAGAACAUCUCCAGGGUUGGAAAAUAAAUGUCUGAUGCAGAUGCUGAAAUAUCAGGUUAGCAGAAAUUGGCUUGGUUGCAGUGACAUUAUACUUCCUGGCUUACUAAAUAUAGCAACACAGUCAAUGAAUAAUUUAGUACCUGGUGGGCUAAAGGACACGAGCACUUCAAACUGAAUCAACAACGCUUCUUCACACUGGUUCUUAAUUAUUAGAGACAGUAUUUUUAGUAAAUUCAGCUGGUUUAAAUCUCAAAGAUCUGUUUAAUUUCAUAUUUGGCAAUAUUUGUAUUCAGCCUACCUCCUUAUUUAAGUGCCUAGCGUUCAACUGUAACUGACAAACAUAAGCUACUUCAAACUAAAGUCAUCUCAUCUCAACAUCUUCCCAUUUAAUCCAAUUUUAUUUAUACCUGGUGCAUAAUGUACAGUGCUGUGGGAAAGUAUUUGCCCCCUUCCUGAUUUCCUUUUUAUGCACAUUUCUCACACUUGCGUGUUUCUGAUCAUCAAAUUAAUUUUCAAGAUAACCCGUGUAAAUACAAAAUGCAGUUUUUAAAUGAUGAUUUAAUUUAUCAAGGGGAAAAAGCCAUCCAAACAUACCUGGUCCUAUGUGAAAGAGUAAUUGCCUAAACCUGAUAACUGACUAUGCCAUCCUUACUGCCAAAAGGCAGGCGUCUGCAUUAAUGGUAACAGGUCUGAGGAAUUUUGGCCCACUCUUCUUUGCAGAAUUGUUUUAAU